UGACACUGUCUGUUGUUCAAGAGUGUCUUGACACGAGGACCAACUUUGUGGAGAUGCAGAUUUCAUCUUCCAACCAACACUUGGAACCUGCACACAGUGCCAAAGCUACCAGUACCUGGUGGUUUAAGGACCAUGUAUCCCUGAGAAGCUGAACGUGCAGCGCCGGAUGAAGCUCAGUGAAACCUCUGUUGCAGUGUUGAUGAUGGAUGAGAUGUGUUGUAAAUCAGUAGGAACUGAUCUGUCCAUGCUGGAUAUUGAUGAUUUCAUCACAGAAAUCUCUCAGCUGAAGAAAGAGGUGGCGUUACUGGAGACAAAGCUGAGGUUAAGAGGAGAUGAAGGACUGAAGAGAGAGGAUGUGGAUGUGGUUUGUUGUGAAUCUUCCACACAGGACUCCGAGCUCAGUCUGACUUUACUCUGUUAUACUGAGUCAAAGCCCACAGACGCUCAGGACACUACAGUGUGUGACAGUAAUCAGGGCUUACAGGAUGAGGAAUCUACUGAUCAAACCUCCACAGAGUCUCUGGAUUCUGUCUGGAACGCUGGAGAACAGCAGCAGAUCCUGCAGACCAAACUCAAGAUGUGUUCAGUCAAACUCAUCGACUGCACGAACCUCAUAAUGGAGACGGGAAGAGAAACCACAGCAGAGGAAGAUCACACUGAUGAUGAUGAUGAUGAUGAUGAUGAUGGUGAUGAUGAUUUUAUUCCUUCAGAUGAGAAGAGUGAUUCAUGUUCUGAGGGAGAAAUAACGUCCUCAACAUCAAAAGAGCGAUGGACAGCACAAACUCAUUUCAGCAUCACCGGUGGAGAGACAUUGAGCUCACAGAGAAAUUCAGAGGAAAAACACACAAAACAGAAACUCUUCACCUGCAGGAGAUGUAAGAUCAGCUUUACUACCUUACAAGAGAAGAAACUUCAUUCACAAGAGCACAGAGAGAAGAAAAAGAAGUUACACUGUAAGAAAAGUGAUGAAAAGUCUUUCCACUGCACUGAAUGUGACACACAUUUCAGUACCAAAGGAAAUCUUGAUGCUCAUAAGACAAUUCACACAGGAGAAAAACCAUACGAAUGUUCUCACUGUGAGAUGAGAUUCAGACUCAAACCUCAUCUGAAGAAACACAUGCUUAUACACACCAAUGAGAAACCGUAUCAGUGCAGUGAAUGUGGAAAAACCUUUAGGCAGCUAUCUUCUCUAAAGUCACAUCAAAAAAUACACAGUGAGGAGAAACUCCAUCAAUGUUCACACUGUGAUAAACGUUUUCGUCAUAGAAGUCAGUUGAUCGUUCAUGAAAGAGUUCACACUGGAGAGAAACCUUAUCUCUGCUCUCACUGUGGUAAGAGCUUCUCUAAUCCAACUUCUUUCAGUGUUCACCUGAGAGUUCACACUGGAGAGAAACCUUAUCACUGUAAUAUUUGUGGGAAGAGUUUUAAUCGGCAGUUUAACUUUGUAAUGCACCAGAGAAUUCAUACAGGAGAAAGACUUUACAAAUGCUCUCAGUGUGAGAAGACGUUUGCUCGACCAGAUGUCCUGAGAACCCAUGAGAGAGUUCACACUGGAGAGAAACCUUACCACUGCUUGAUCUGUGGAGAGAGAUUUGCUUAUUUAGGAAGUUUUCAUACUCACAAGAAGAAACAUACUGAAGAACAAACUACACUGCAAUCAUCAUAGCAUCUUUUAACUUUGGAAUAAUUCAGUUUAAACACACAGUUCUAAUAUUCUUGUAAUAUUUUUUGUAAAACCAAUUUUCUG